AUAUGCACUGCUCCCGAGACCAGAGUUCAACAGAAACAACAAAAGAAAGCUGUCGGCAAACUUAUUUUCAACUGUUCUUUCACUGUUCUCAGCCGCUCGCAGUGAAAGUGACCUUGUAGUGGUCGUCGAGGUGGUGGUGUUGGUGGUGGGUGGCGACCGCUUUUCUUUCUUUCUUUCUCAACUCUAACAAUGCAGCGCCACCGCAACUCCAGCCAGCCUUUGGGUUUCUUCUUUCUGGUGUUCUUCAAGUGUUUGGUGGCCUCCGGGCAAGUUCCCCACCGUGUAACCGACCUACAUUGGCAUCCAGCUACUGCUACCUGGUACGGUAGCCCCGACGGUGAUGGAAGUGACGGAGGGGCAUGUGGGUACGGGUCACUGGUGGACGUGAAGCCGCUGAGGGCCAGAGUUGGUGCAGUGAGCCCAAUCCUGUUCAAGAACGGAGAAGGUUGUGGCGCAUGUUACAAAGUGAAGUGCCUAGACAAAAGCAUAUGCUCAAGAAGAGCUGUAACCAUAAUCGUAACAGAUGAGUGCCCAGGUGGGUACUGCUCCAAUGGACGCACCCACUUUGACCUCAGCGGUGCAGCCUUUGGUCGCAUGGCUAUAGCCGGUGAGAAUGGCCAGCUCAGGAACCGAGGCGAGAUCCCUGUUGCUUUUCGCCGGACCCCAUGUAAAUAUCCAGGGAAGAACAUUGCCUUCCAUGUAAAUGAAGGUUCAACAGAUUACUGGCUAUCUCUUCUAGUAGAGUUUGAGGAUGGUGAUGGUGACGUUGGAUCUAUGCAUAUAAGAGAAGCAGGUGGCAGUGAGUGGCUAGAGAUGAAUCAUCUAUGGGGUGCAAAUUGGUGUAUUAUUAGGGGACCCUUAAAAGGACCAUUCUCAGUGAAGCUAACAACACUUUCAACUGGAAGAACACUUUCUGCAAGAGAUGUUAUUCCAAGAAACUGGUCUCCAAAAGCAACUUACACCUCUCGCCUCAAUUUCUACUCUUAAAUUCAUAUGACAAGGCUCCCUUUCCUCUUGCUCCGAAACUGGCUUUAAGCUAAACAAGAUACAAGGAACAAGGAACCAAAACCUCCCCUUGUCCCCUUGAGACAAAUGUUCCCAAUGUUUGGUGUUUCUUUUCUUUACUUUUUUAUUUUUUUUUUCUUCACCCUUUUUUAGGAGAAAAGUGACAAUUGGAUUGCAUAAUGUUUGGCAUCCGAUGCUCUUCUUUUUUUCUUUUUCCUCUUGUUUUUUAAGGCCAAUUGGUAUGUUUGUGCAAGUGUUUGUAGAGGUAGCCCUCUCCAAAGGAGAGAGAGCGUAGAGAGUGUUAGUAUUUGUAACGUCUGGGGUAUGUAGGCCCUGUUUGUUUUUUAUUAAUUUGGAUUUUUCAGUGGUA